CUCCAACCCAGCAGCCAUGGUUGUGAAGUAUUCUGCUAUACCGCCUGAACCUUACCCUGACAACCCCGAGGGCUUAAGUGACAGGUCAUCUCUGGAUAGUGACCGGACAAUUUACCUGCACACCCAGGAUGAUGUGAGACUGACGUAUCGCACAAAGGAUUUCCUCAAUCCUCGCCUUUAUCCCGGUGUCUACGUCUUGGCCAACGUCCAGCUGCUAUGUUUUUGUCUCCCGGCUCUCCUCAUAGGCACACUAUCGUGGUAUCCUGGCCUGAAUUUUUACGUUUUGGUCAUAUUGAUGAACGCUUCAUUAAUAAUGGAAGCCGUGAUCAAGAUGUUCCUCCUAGGGCCUACAUUUUGGACUGACACAUGGCAUUUACCUGAACUCGGUGUUGCUCUUUUCGGGACCAUUUCUAUGUCUGUCAUGUUCGUAUCACAGGCUGGUACCGUUGUGGCAAUCAUCGACUGCUACGUUCUUUUGAUCCUUAUCCUGACACGCAUUGCCCGAGCUAUCCCGUUUUUGUCCCUUUCGGCCCUCGAGAGAGACAGCUCGCAAGACAUAGCUGACCGAUUGCGCCUUCCUGGAGCAUACGUUCUGCUAUACCUGACAGUGGCAGCCUUUUCGUCCGCAGCCUUUGCCCUCGGGUUGGACAGGUGGCCGGAGCCGCCUUUCUUUAUCAUCAGCGUCCUUGCAAACACUUUCACAAUGUGUGAGGUCGCCUUACGCAUCUGCGUACUGAGACCGCACUUCUUCGUGUCUGCAUGGGACCUCGCUGACCUGAUCCUGUGCGUCUUCGGUGUCAUUGGCAUAUCCACGGUGUUUGCUACUCCCAUCGGUACAAUGUGGAUGGCCGUCACCUGUUUCCUCCUCCUCCUCCGAAGUACCGUGCAGCUUAUACGCCUCAUUGUGCUCAUGCGAGUAUAUUCCACAGCUUCGGAAGCCAGAGAAACGCACGUUAUAACUGGGAAAGUCUUAUCGAUUCCGAAUAACAUAAUUCAGCCCCCGUCGGAUGCGAGGAACUGGCCAACUGCCGGAGGAGCAAUCGCUGGCCUGCGCUCGUUGCUUCCCCAACGCUUCCACAAGCAGCAAGGUCCUAUCCAUAUCGACGAAGAACAGCCGUUGAUAGAGCCAUCCAAGGUAGAUGACGACGAGCCAGGGGGACUCACAGCGUGAUGCCGUAAGGCAUGAAUGUCUUGAAGACGUCGGCUAGAACCAUACGUUGAUAUACAAGUUGUUAGUCCGGACCACUUUCAUGUUGAGGAGGUCGUGUAGACUUGUCGCUUCCAGUGUUUCGCGCUCUUUAAUCUUCCGCACUGGUUACCUUCCGGUGCCCCACAAUCAUUUCCGCAAUCCUA